AUGCACGUCCAACUGUGUCUCAUCGCCUGUGUUUCGGUGUUCGGUACUAAUGCCGCCUCGGUGAGAGGUCGGUUUCGAAGAGAUACCUCGGACCAGCAGGCGAUCCAGCUCCCGGACGGCGCUCAGCUCGUGGUCGGCGAUAUCCGGUCAACUUUCAACUGCGAAGGAAACCGGUACGGCUAUUACGCGGACAUGGACAACAACUGUAUGAUCUUCCACAUCUGCAACCCAGUUCAGCAGGAAGGACGCGAAAGUGUUCUGCAAUACUCAUUCUAUUGCGGGAACCAGACCGUCUUCGAUCAGCUCUCCAUGACGUGUGCCUUCCCAGACGAUGCGAUCCCGUGUGAGAAUUCGGUAGACUUUUUCUACUUGAACGAUAAUUUGGGAAUCGAAGACGCUCCUCUCCAUACAUCGCAAGAUAUCGAGAAGAAGGAAGCCUUCGUGCUCGCCGCUCGGGCUCCUAGACCGACGACCGAGGUCACCACGACGCCGUGGACGACACCGCGACCUCAGAAUGUUCGAGCUCAAACGCCGCCAUACGGAAAACGUAACCAGAAGCCCCAUUACGAAGCGUCUCCGAGUCUGUCUUUGGAUACGAGAGUGAAGGUUUAGAUAGUUUGUGAAUUCGAGAGGUCCCGAUCGGAGACAGCAGCCACCGGAUACGUGAAAAGGCAGCUAUAGGUAUCGAAAGCAAACGAGAAGAAACAGGGUGCUGCUUGCGAGAGAAUCGGAGACUCAAGGAGUAGAAAAAGAUUCGUUAAAUAAAGGAGACCU